AUGAUCAACUCCCACCCGUCCAUCCAGCGCAUCGAAGAUGUCACCCUCAACUUCCUUACCCAAGCCCUCAACUGCCCAAUAACAUCCUUCACCACCGAGCGGAUCGGAACAGGGCAAGUCGGCGAAUGCCACCGGAUCACCCUCGCCUACGGCCCUAGCGAAACCGAAACCGAAACCGGCCCCGCAAGUGUAGUCCUCAAACUCGGCGCAUCCGGCCACCUCAGCCGCGAGUCCGGAAUGAAGCUAGGAAUCUACGAGCGUGAAUCGCGCUUCUACUCAGAGAUCGCUCCCUCUCUUAACUCCGAUUCCUUGGUGAAGUGCUACGAUACACGCUUCGACCGCGACCGCGACGCGUUCUAUAUCCUACUUGAGGAUAUCCAGCCUGCGACUGUGGGUGAUGAGAUCCGGGGCGCAACCCUUGACCAGGCGCGGCUUGCGCUCGAUGCGCUGGGGAAGAUACAGAGUGUUUCCUUGUCUACAGAACAUCCGGGGUGGGUGGGAAACCAGAAGCCGCCGAGCCAGAUCUAUCUGCAGCAGCUGUGGUUGGGGUUUCUUUCGAGGUAUGGGAGUCGUGUUAAGCCUGAGCAUCAGGAGGUUGUCACGCGCUGGCUUGCGUGCUUCGAUGCGUAUGCCGAGAAGAUCAAGGCGAUUACGAAGAAUAGGUGUCUUGUUCACGGCGACUAUCGUCUCGAUAAUAUGCUCUUCCGGGACGAGGGCGGGGAACCGGCUUCGGUUUCUGUCGUCGACUGGCAGAUGCUGAAUAUGGGCUCUGUCUUUCAAGAUCUGGCGUAUUUCAUUGGCAUGUCUAUUCCGACGGACCUUCGUCGUCAGAACAUCACAGAUCUCCUCCAAGUCUACAUCAAUGCCUUCGGUCCGAGCCCACCCUUCACAUUGGACGAGUGUCUCGAGGGCAUCCGCGCGCAAUCCUUCUGGGGUCUCCCCCUCGCAUUCGCGUCACCAAUGAUCCUCGAACAAACCGAGCGCGGCGACGACAUGUUCUUGACAAUGCUCGAUCGCCUCGCGACAUUCAUCAUCGACAUCAACGCCGUCGAAACACUCCCACCACCCACACCCCCCAAACCACUGUCCGUCGACCCCAAUGACGAAGGAAACCACCCGGCUACCGAACACCCGUUGCAUAACGAAAGCCUGUACUUCGACGUCGUCGACGCGGAGCAAGGAAUCGGUCUCUGGGUGCGGCUAGGCGUCACGCCAAACCAGCCGGGGUCCUGGUAUAAUGCGCUCAUCUGCGGUCCGGGUCGUCCGACAAUCGCCGUCAGCGAUUUCGAGGCUCCGACGCCGGGUUCGGAUUUUGUGAUUAAUACAGAGAAUGUCAAGGCGACGCAUACCGCUGAGGUUCCCCUCGAGCGAUACCGUGUCACACUGAUUGGACGAGGCGAGUCCUUCGAGGACCCGGCGGACCUCCUCCGCGGUAGCAAGGGGAAGCCUGUUAACGUGCAUAUUGAUCUUACCUGGCAUACGGCUGGGACACCGUACCAGUGGAGUCUCGCGACGCGAUACGAGAUCCCAUGCAAAGUCAGCGGUACCCUUCUGGUCGACAGCACCGUUACUCAGGUCAAGAAUGCCCCGGGCCAACGCGACCACUCUUGGGGCGUGCGCGACUGGUGGUCGUUCAACUGGGUCUGGACAGCCUUCCACCUCGACGACGGGACGGAGAUUCACGGCGUGCAGGUCCGGCUUCCUACGGGUCCCGUAUCAGUGGGAUAUAUCCAGAGUCCCACGAUCCCCAUUGCAGAACUUGGUUCCGUCGAAGUGACGGAGCAGAUGGGGAGUGAUGGUUUGCCGAAGGCGGCGAUUAUCAAGUAUGAAUCCAUUUCGGCGGAGAAGAUUGUGUUGCAUGUUAGGCCGAGGGGUCAGGCGCCGGUGCGGUUGGAUGGGCCGGAUGGGAAACUGGCGUAUUUCCCGAGGGUGUGGGCGGAGGUGGAGGAGCAGGAUGGGAGGACGGGGGUGGGGUGGGUUGAGUGGAAUUUGGUUCAGGACAGUAAGGGGCGUUCUUGA